CUAAUGCUAAGUUGCUAGCUGGAAACAGAGUACUUGCUGCUAGAUGGGAGCUUUUCUGCUUCUUUAAAAGGAAGUUUUUCUCGUGUGAAUACAAGUGGAACAUGCCAACCAGCCGUGACCGUCAGUAAGGACCCGCUUUAUCUUCUCUCAACCCAGGCUCGAAAUGGGAAAAGGUUGUAAAGUGGUGGUGUGUGGCCAGGCAGCGGUUGGGAAAACAGCCAUUCUGGAGCAGCUGCUGUAUGGAAACCACUGUGUGGGCUCUGAGUCCAGUGAGACGCAGGAGGACGUGUACGUGGCCUCGGUGGAGACCGAUCGAGGUGUGAAGGAGCAGCUGAGGCUUUACGACACAAAAGGACUUCAAGACACUCAAGACCUCCCGAAGCACUACUACUCUGUGGCCGACGGCUUCGUGCUGGUUUACAGUGUCGACAGCCUGGAGUCCUUCAAGAAAAUUGACUUCCUGAAGAAGGAAAUCGACAAGUCCAGAGACAAGAAGGAGGUGACCAUCAUCGUCCUGGGGAACAAAAGCGACCUGACCGAGCUCCGUCAGGUGGAGCAGGAGGCGGCGCAGCAGUGGGCGCGGGGGGAGAAGGUGAAGCUGUGGGAGGUGAGCGUGACAGAGCGCGGUUCGCUCAUUGAGCCCUUCAUCCAGCUGACCAGCCGGCUGACGCAGCCGCAGAGCAAGUCGGCCUUCCCUCUGCCUGGACGCAAAAGCAAAGGCACAGCCUCUAAUGACAUCUGAGAGGCCCCGCCCACCCGGACCCCCAACUCAACCAGUUUACACUCCUCUGCAGUGUUAACCAUCUUGCAUACAGGCUUGAUUCUUUGAUUCUUAAACAUGGCAGCAUGUGGUUGGUCAGGUAGAGCAGCUUCCUGUCCCCCUAAGGUUGCUGUAAUAGAAAUCAUAGUGCAAUAUGUGAACUGAUAUUAGUGAGUAGAUUUCUGAUUAAUAUUCAUGUCUGCAGCUAAUUAAUUUCCUCCUGCUGUUGAUGGCGUGAGGCUGAGGUUGAGACUGAUCCAGUUUGAGCUUUGAGCAUCCAAAUCCCUAAAAGGGACUCUGCUGCCCCCUGCUGGAUGAUCCAGAGUUGCUGCUAUCAGUAGAGCUGGUAACCGUAGAGAUGGCUGGACUGAGAGGCCUGACCCUGGUGUAGACGUGUGAGCGGCUGCUUGCAAGGCGGCGUGUUUUAAAGGUUGUGAUCAGAAUAUUGCUGAACCAGGAGGCCAGUCCCAGUUCAGCCUGGGCUGGUGUGAUGACACUUAAAUGACUUAAAAGCAAAAUGUAGCUGUUUUUAAACCUGGACUGCACUGAUAGUGAUGUUAACUCGAGUUUCAUUAUUUUGAUUGUAAGAUAAAUUAAAAGCAGCUGGUAAUUGUCAGUGUUCAUUCAGCAGGUUAGUAUUGUUUCUAUAGGCUAACAUGCUGUUAGUCAGGCUGUCUGACCAGUUGUAGGUCUCAGUGUUGCCUCCACAAGAGGGACAGGUACAACAGAGUCUUAGUACCAGAAUAAAAAAUUGGUUAUUUUUUUUCAAUUACAAGAAGUAAAGUCAUUUUGUGAUGGAAUAUUGCCAGAAGAAAGUGGUAAAAUAACUAGAAAAUGUUGUUUAAAUAAGUGAAAGCUAUGAUAAAAUUAUCAAGACUUCAGGCGAGCAACUCGUCUAGUCUGUGAGGAUUUUCUUCAAAAUAGUCAGUUUGCACAAGUCCUGCUACUGAUGAUAUUUGGAUGCUGAUGUGUUAAAAGAUGAAGGAUGUCCCAUUUGGAGAAUGGAGACCAAAGUAUAACUUCACAAGAUGCUCAGCAUUCUUGAAUUCAUUUUUUGUGUUUGUGUUCUCAUAAAAUUACAACAGUCUCCGAAUAUCACAACUUUAUUCUCGUAUUAGAUUUUUUUUCAUGUCUUUGACUUUAUUCUCAUGACUUUUUUGUCGUACUUUAUUCUUGCAUUACUUAGACUUCACUGAUGUACGACUUUUUUCUUGCAAUAUUACAAAUUUAUUCUUGUAAACGUAUUUAUUUUUCUUAGCCUGGCUCUAAUCCUCUGUCUAUGACAGGUACUGCUAUUUGCAAACAAACUUGUGUUUCUUUUUAGUUGGCUGCUGUUGGCUAACUAGUCAGCAACCUGCAGCCACAUGUGGGCUGAGGCUGUCCUGCUCUGCUCUAUUAUUCUCUUAAAUAAAGGAAAUAAUAAAGAAGAAAUGGUUCUGGGACUUCAAGGACAGUUUGAGGGCAGAUUUUAGAGGUUUUAUAACUUUGGUACGGGGAACCAGUCCCUUCAAGAGCCCUGUUAUUCAGAGACAUGUUUCAUGGGAAGGCUAGGAGUUUAAUAGACUCAUCAGUGGAAGAAAGAAUGAUUUAGAUUGAGUAGAUGAGCUGCAGAAAGUUCAUCAUUGAUAACAAAAGCGAUAUUCCUCUGGUAGGACUCAGCUCUCAGUCCGGUUCAUGUCCACCAAUCACAGCCUGGCAGCAAUAACCUUCCUGCUACUCCCUUUACUCUAUGAAUGGUUGCUGUGUGUGUGUGUGUGUGUUUUGACCAGGCUGCUUAUUUCUGUUAGACUUCAAUGUA